UCAACCUGCUAGCUGGAGGACGAGUGGCCGCAUCUUUUAAUGUGACUUGUGUUUUUUCGUGGAUUUUAUGUUAGCCAAUGAAGAUAUUUGGCUGCUGACUAUCGAGAGCCAUUGCCGAGUCGACCUGCGUCUUUGGCUGUUUCCAUUGCAUGUACACAGUUAGCUUGGCUGCUAGCUAGAUCGGGCUAGCACUGGCUACGCUUCGUUGGCUCCCUUGUUUACACGUUAGCUUGUUAACAUAUCGUCACUGACUGCAUUGCCUGUUACAACAACCUGUUUUCUUGUAGCUAGCUAGAAGUUGACUAUGUUCUUAUACUAUGUAAACUGGCUCUUUGCAUUGCACCACAUUGCUUGUCAUCACUGUAUAACGUUAUAACUAGCGUUAGCUUACAAGAUAGAGCCUGGACAAUAGUAUCAUCUUUAUUGAGAUAAGUUAUCUAUUCAACACUGCACAGGAAGUAUUUAAUCACAAACAGACAGGGCUGUAAAAGCAAGUUGCUGCGAUAGGUGACUAUUUGAAAUGGCGUAACUUCUUUAGUAUGGCAACAUCUCAUGGCAGUACAUAGGUGUCAGGGGAGAGGAGUGUACAGUGGUAGCCACAUCGUCCCUCAAUUGUCACUGGAAGCCAACCAUAGAAUAAAACAGCGGUGCCAAUCAAUCGUUGACAUUAAAACAUCACCACUGAAACAAAGGACAAUGGAGUCCGUGAGGAGUGCUUUCCACGCUCAGCUGGCCACCGUCAUGGACUCUCUGCUGGCAGCCGCUGUCUGCGAGAUCGCCAAGAUCUUUGAGAGCAGCCUGUGUGAACAGCAGGUGGGGCUAGCGCAGAAAACAGAGGAGAUCUCCAUCCUCCGAGGCAAGCUGGAGAAAGUGGAGAGGAGGCAGAAGGCAAAGGGUGGAGGGAGCGAGGAAGGGGAGAUGCCAUCAGGAGACAGAGAGGGAGGCUUGAGGCAGCAGACCCUGACAGGAUCAGGACUGAAUGUGGGAAAGGAUUUGUCCCCUCGUUCAGACCGAGUAGAAGGACUCAGUCAGAGCCUCAGUGGGCUGAAAGAAGAGGUCACAGGCCAGGAUGGAGCUUCAGUGAAACAUGAGCGUGCUGGAUCACGACCUACCCUGGGUUCAGUCGCAGUCCAAGUCCCAGAGGGAAGCCUUGCUGCUGGGGACCAGAGACCGAUACAUACCCUGUCUGCAACACAAGCCAAGACCAAAUUGUCUCAUUGGGAUCAGGGCAGUGCAGACCACAGAUCUCUCCGGGAUCAAGCCUCCACCCCUUUUCUCUCCAUCUCCCAGAGUGGACGUUGCUCCCCCAGGCCUGACCCAAGCCUAGCUCAACCAGGUGAGUGGUUACCUGGGCUGGACGGCACCCGAGGCGGGGUGUCCAGUAUGGAGAACCUGCAGGCGGAUGGCACCAGCUGCUCUGGUCCAGCUAGCAGCAGCACUGGCACAGACACCCCCUGCUUCCGACCGAGCUUUGUCUCUGACGAGACCAGCAACGAAGAUGACGAUAGCUCUUUCCCUUUCCUGGACCAGGAGCCUGAGAACCACAACUCCAAUCAGAAUUCAGUGCAGGGCCAAGACGUUGGGCAGAGGGGGGCUCGGCAAGGUCAAUCCCAAUCCCAAGCCCCCUCUGGCGAAUCUCAAUGGAGACCUAGAGAUGACAGGAGUGGGAGAGGCCCCAUCAAUCACACACGGCGGGUCACAACAUUUGGCAAUAGAGACCCUCUCCGACCACAGUCCAAUUCACAGUCUCUCACGCUGCGACACACAAACACUCUCAGCCACCCCCCAGCUCCUGGCGGAGGGAGUGGACGACCUUACACCUGCCCAUACUGCACCAAGUGUUUCACCUACCCCUCCCACCAGCGCAGACACCUUUUACGACACACAGGAGUCAGACUGCAUCCCUGUCAGUUUUGUGACAAGAGCUUCCUCACACCCUCUGAGCUUACUGUGCACACUCGCACACAUACAGGUGAGCGGCCUUUUGGCUGUGCUCAGUGUGGUAAACGUUUUGCCCGCAGCGGGAACUUAAGAGCCCACCAACGGGACGUUCACAUGGGGAAGAGGCCCUUUGCUUGCACAGAGUGUGGGAAGAGAUUUGCCCACAGAGGGAACCUGAGGGUGCACAAUCACAGAGUCCACCAAGGAGAUCCCUACUACAUGGAUGAUCAGCCGGAGCCUGACAUCGGCCCUAAUCCCAUUUGAAAAAUAUCAAAUAAAAUGAUGGCUCUGCACUUUAAUUUUGUUAAAAUAAGCCGUAGGAAUUUAUUUCAGAAUUGCCUAUUUGGUCCCACCUACAUUUCUUUCUGAACACUUCAAACAGUUCUAAAGUAUAACAUUUAUAUUUUCCAUAUUUGAAGUGGGGGUAUCCAUAAAAAUAACCACUAUCAAAUGUUACGUGUAUUUAAAACAUGAUCAAAGUAACAAUUUUAUUUGUUAUUACGACUCAAUGUCAGAAUUAUGGUUUGCACUUAAAGGAAGAGCUUUAUAUUAACUGUAUUGUAAAUGGUUGGAUAUAAUCAUCCAUAAAUAAGAAAUAUUAUCUAUUGAUGUAUAGAAAAUACAUACAAAAAAGAAUACAGGGUGACACUAUCUUCCAAUUAUUUUCUUCGCUAUCAGUGAAGUUACUAAAGAGAUAUGAGCACCUUUUCAUUACUUGAAGUGAAAGAACUACAAAAUAAUGUCUUUCAUAAAGCCAAUAAAGAAAGUCUAGUUGGUAUUAGAUUUAGACAUGUGGCAUGCAGAGGUAGGAUAGCACGUCUCUUCCUUCAAAAUUGUGCUUAUGUACUGGCCAUCUCCUCAAACCUUUUAUUUUGACAUGUAAAUUUGUAUUUGUAAAAUGAAAACGUGUUAUUGCAACAAGUACAUGUGUUAAAAGAAAAAGUGUGCUUUUAUUUUACAUCCGUAUCUGAAGUGAAAUUAAAUAAUAUACUCGUGUA